UCUAAAAAUUCGCAGGCUCAGUAGUUACUCAUGGUACGGCUACUCCAUCUGCUGCUGAACGCGCUGCCGCUGCUCCCGCAUCACAGCGCAGCGCAGUAAAUAUCUGGUCCCGUCGAUAUGAGCUUCUUAGAAAGCGCGUCGCUCGGUUUAAUUUCGGUUUGAAAGAGCGUCCACGAAUGGCUGCCUCCGCGUUUCCACGGGCGAUGUCUGCGUCGCUGCAUCCGCGGAGGCCGGAGUCAUCCGCGCGGAGGCUCGAGCCGCCGGACGCCGAUCGUUUUCCGCCGCGGUGCAACGGCCGCGGUGCAACGGCCGUGGUGCAACGGCCGUGGUGCGGCGCCAUGCGUCGUGCGGAGGCGUGAGCCAUCGUCGUCACCGCAUGUUGUGGAGUCGACGGCAGCGGUUUGUAGCCGCGCGGUUGAUAACGAGAGGCCUUCAUCCCGCGGAGGGUCGCGGCGGCUGCGACAGCGGUCCCCUCGCGCGCGUAUCGCCGCGCGACGCAUAUCGCCGUUGCAAGCAUAGCGCCGCUAGACUUUUGCUUCGCUAUCAACGAUUCGCGUCAAGACCGCUGUCUCGCAGAUCUGCAGUGAGACGUCGCAGAUUGUCGUUUCGUGCAGCAGCACCGACACCGGUGACUGCUGCCAGUCUUGCAGCGGACGAGCGAUUUUCACGCGACUCUGCCGCGAGGCUCUGGACGGACCUUGGAUCAGCGCGCGCGCGCCUCUCUCCCGCCGUUGCGCGUUCGUCCCUCUCGACGUUGCGCGCGCGUCACUCCGACGGUGCGCGCGUCAAUCCAAUGGUGCGCGCGUCAAUCCGACGGUGCGCGCGUCAAUCCGAUGGUGCGCGCGUCAAUGGGGGCGCGCGGGACUGGGCUGGACGCUUUCCUCCUCGGCUGAUGCUGCCGUUGCCCGUGGCGACGCAUGGGGAAUGGGGGCGUCACUCCGACGGUGCGCGUGGGACUGGACUCGACGCCUUUCCUCCUCGGCUGCUGCUGCUGCUGCCGUUGCGCUUGGCGACUGGUACGUGCGAGGGGCGGAGCUGUGGGGGGGCGAGUAGCGCAUAUAGAGCGUCUCGAGUCGUGCUCCUUGUGCUCGAGUCCUCGCCAUUUUCGACGGAUCCUAACACGCAUUCGUCGUUCGUGUGUGUGGCUCUCUCUCUGUGCGCGCGUCUGUGUCUCUCGCCAUGCUGCGAUGCGAGGAGGCGGGUGGAGCCAGCAGCGCUUAAGCCUGCGGCAAGAGUGGUGCUGCAACGACGGUGGCGGAAUGGUGGCAGAAUGAGGGCGGAAUGGGGGCGCGUGGGACAAGACGCCUUUCACUGGGCCACUCUCUUCCAAGGCUGCUCCUGGCGUUGCCCGUGGCAACACAAGGGGAAUGGGCGCGCGUGGGACUCGACGCGUUUCUCCUACAGCUGCUGCUGCUGCUGCUGCUGCUGCUGCCCUUACCACAGCUGCUGUCCUUGGGGACGGGUACAUGCGAGGGGCAGGGCUGUGGGGGGGCGAGUAGCGCAUUCAGAGUGUCUCGAGGCUAGCUCCCUCUGCUCGAGUCCAGCUCCUCGUCACCUGAUCCCAACACGGUUUCCUGUGCUUGUGGCGUGCCGGUGCAUGCGUCUGCUUCUAACUGUGGCGGAAUGCUGCAUGCACGGCACGGCGUACACGUCUUGGAGGAGUGGAGAAGUGGUGGCUGGCAGCCCUUGCUUGGAGCGGUUGUGGCAGCUGCGGCGACUGCGGCGGCGGCGGCAGCAGCAGAGAAGUAGUAGGGGGCAGCUGUAGGGGGGGGCGCGUAGGACGCUAUUUUUGAGGCGCCUCAGAAGGGGGCAGCUGUAGGGGGGGGGCGUAGGACCGCAUAUAAAGCGCCUCGAGUCUUGCUUCCUCUGCUUGAGUCCUCUGCUUGAGUCCUCUGCUUGAGUCCUCUGCUUGAGUCCUCUGCUUGAGUCCUCGCCCCUUUUGCCUGAUCCUAACACUUUUCUCUUUCCCGUGUUUGUGGUUGUGGCUCGCUGUGCGUCUGGUUCUGCCGGUGGCGGUGUGCUGCGGGCACUGCGCGGCCCACACGCCUUGGCCCACACGCCUUGACCCACACGCCUUGGCCCACACGCCUUGGCCCACACGCCUUGACCCACACGCCUUGGCCCACACGCCUUGGCCCACACGCCUUGGCCCACACGCCUUGACCCACACGCCUUGGCCGACACGCCUUGAAGACGAGGCGGCCGGAGCAGCAGUGGUGGUGGCAGCUCUUGGUUGUUUCUGCCGGUGGCGGUGUGCUGUGUGCACGGCGUGGCCCACACGCUUUGGAGAGGAGGCGGCCAGAGCAGCAGUGGUGGCAGCCCUUGGUUGGAGUGACGGAGGGGAGAGUGGGGGAGUGGGGGAGGGGAGCGGGCGUAGCAGCCUUUGCUUGCAGCCGUGGUGGCAGCAGCAGCUGCGGCAGAGGAGGCAAAUGGUUGCUGGAGAGGGGGGAGUACUGAGGGCGGGCUGGGAUCAGCAACCAGAGCAGCUCGCUUGGUGCUAUCUGGAGGCAGCGUCGCAGGCUGGUGGAGAGGGGAGCGAACUGAUUGAGAGGGGUUCGGAUUCCACACCCAAAGCUCGCCUGGCUCUGGCUCGGAGCACCAGGGCACGCAGUGGAAAGGGUUGAAGUCUUGUCAGAGCCGUGCGCGCAGGCUCUGGUUGGGAGUCCCCUCCUACGCAGUGGAAAGGGUUGAAGUCUUUUCAGAGCCGUGCGCGCAGGCUCUGGUUGGGAGUCCCCUCCUACGCAGUGGAAAGGGUUGAAGUCUUUUCAGAGCCGUGCGCGCAGGCUCUGGUUGGGAGUCCCCUCCUACGCAGUGGAAAGGGUUGAAGUCUUAGGGGUUGCGUUGCAGCCAGAGCAGGUACCAGCCACUCGGUUGGCUCCGUGGCAACCGAGUUGGCUCCGUGGCAACCGAGUUGGCUCCGUGGCAACCGAGUUGGCUCCAUGGCAACUCGGGUUCCCCAUGGUGCUCCCUUCUCUCCCCCCAGGGUGCUCCCCUUCCCGCGCGUUCGCAUCAUGGUGCCCCAUUCGGCUAUUGAGGUAUGGGCUGUUGAGGUAAGGGGGAGGAGGGGGGGGUGGGGGCGGGGGGGUUUGGGGAAAGGGCCAGAGCGAAAGGAGCAAGCAUGCAGCUCACUCCCUUAGGGGCAACACCCUCUGUGGUUCCUGCCUUGUUGUUUGGUUGGUGGUCAGUGGAAAGUGCGUGGCACGGCAGUCGUUCCUCAAGUGACAAUACUUGUCAAUAUACCUGUCAAUAUACUUGUCAAUAUACCUGUCAAUAAAACUGUCAAUAUACCUGCGGAAAGUGGAAAGUGCGUGGCACGGCAGUCGUUCCUCAAGUGACAAUACUUGUCAAUAUACCUGUCAAUAUACCUGUCAAUAUACCUCACGGCGUAUCAUAUAAUGGAACCUGUCAGAGCCGUGCGCGCCAGCUCUGGUUGGGAGGAGUCCCCUCCUACGACGCUUUCGUAAGCAAGAUUUGAGUCUUGGACCGCCCGUGCACUUUCCACUGCCACUAUUCGCACCUCAAGGCAGAGUCAUGGGGGGGUUACUGGUUCCG